AUGAGACAUCAUCGCUACCUCAUUGCCUGUAUGCUUCCGUUUCUGUUUCCAUACUCUGUAUUUGGUGACAAGACGAUUCAGCAGUACCUGUCAGAAGGCAACGACUAUUUGACAAGUGGAAAAUUCAACGAUGCUUUGAUCAGCUUUGAUGCAGCCAUUCGCCAAGAACCAGACAACUAUUUGACAUAUUAUAAGAGAGCUACUGCCUAUCUCUCGUUGGGUCGCAACAAUGCCGCUGCCGAAGACUUUACAACCAUCCUAAACCUGAAACCUGACUUUGACAAGGCUUUGUUGCAACGAGCUCGCAUUUACAUCAAGGAAGGGCACUUUGAGAUGGCCAUUGCCGACCUUAAGAGUUAUCUGAUCAACCAUCCCAAUGACAAGGAAGCCGAGAAGCUGCUCAAUUCAGUCAAUAUUGCUCAAAGCGCCACAAAACAAGCAUUCACUGAAAAAGAAAGAGGCAACUACGAGGAAUGUAUCAGUCUGGCCACAUCAGUAUCUCGCACGGCACCCAUGUUUUCAGAUGCCCGUUUAUUGAGAGCGCAAUGCCAUGUCGCCAAGGGUGAAAUUGAUGAAGCCGCUGGCGAUUAUGCUCGGGUAGCUCAAUUGAAUCCCUCUGAUCCCAACACCUUAAUCUUACUGUCAAAAAUCAACUUUUAUUCCUUAUACGAGCCUCAAGGCGCAUUGACCCACAUCAAGCAAUGCCUGUACUAUGACCCCGAACAAAAGCAGUGCAAGCAGCUAUUCAAAAAGAUAAAGACGUUGAGCAAAGACAUCACCUCGAUCGAAAAGGACAUUGAACUGAAGAAAUUCGCAACUGCCUCCAAUCGUCUCAUUGGCACACCCAAUCGCCAAGGUAUUCUCCCCGAGAUUGAUGCGGAUUACGAGGCAUUAGAACAAGAACUAAAGACGGACAAGUUACCAAAGCGCUUGCAUUUCAAGUGCUAUCAAAUGGCUUGCAAGUUGCACGGCGAGCAAAAGGAAAAGGACGAGGAAAAGAUUAAAUCUUGGUGCUCGAAAGCAUUGGAAAUUCAAGAUGACGAUGUGGAUGCACUGACCUAUCGUGGUGAAAUUUUGCUGAACAGAAAAGAGUUUGAAGCUGCCGUCAAAGAUUUGGAGAAGGCCAACGAGAUAUCGGGUGGCCGCGAUCAUCGUCUGAGACACUUGCUACAAAAAGCACAACAACAAUUGAAACUGUCGAAAAAGAAGGACUAUUACAAGAUGUUGGGAGUGUCACCGACUGCUGAUAGUCGUGAAAUCAAAAAGGCGUAUCGCAAGAAGGCGCAUGAAUGGCACCCAGAUAAAUACAGUGGCGAUCUCGAGAAGGAGGAAGUGGAGCGAAAGAUGGCAGAGAUUAACCAAGCUUAUGAAGUGCUAAGUGAUGCUGACAUGAGACAACAAUACGAUAAUGGUUUCGAUCCAUAUGAUCCAGAACAAGGUAGUGGCGGAGGAGGACCACCACCAAGCUAUGGCGGAUUCCCAUUCCAGCAAAGACAGGGAGGAUUUAGCUUCCAAAAUGGUUUCCCAUUUGGAGGUGGAGGCUUCCCUGGUGGAGGCGAAUUCAAAAUGCAUUUCAACUAG